GCGAACGACGAGCGGCGAACGAGCGUCGACGAAGUGGCGACAACCAAAAAAGAAAAGCACGAGAGAGCAGCAGCAGCAGCAGCAACAGCAGUAAUAGCAAAAGCCACAGGCAACAACAGUGGCAGCCACAGCAACAACAAUCGCUAGAAAAGCAGCAGCAACACAACUCACCUCAGCAACAAAAGCAAUAAAGAAAACUGAUAACACCAGCUGGAAUAUCAGAUGAUUCACCAACAACAGCAACAAGGCGGAGCAGGAGCAACAACAGCUGAUGCCACAACUGCAGCACAAAGAGGAGCACACCAGCGGUAAUGAAACCGAAAACAAUAGAAACAUUGAAAAUAAUAUUUACAACAACGCCACUAUCAACCACUUGAGCUAUCACAACACCAACAAAAGCACCUGUAACUGAUUAAAAGGUACACCAAUAAUAAUUACACCAACGCCAACCGGUACACCAAUAGCAACUCUAACGAGAACUUUCAACAAGAGCAGCUUUAGUAGAAGUAACUGCAACAAUAAUAAUAAUUACACCAACACUUAUACCAAUAGACAACACAGCUGAACCUUUUGUUGGUGUGCUCUCUAUAGGGGCAACAAUUACAACAGCCGCAGCAACACCACGUCGCACAUCGGUGGCGACGACAAUAACAACAACAACAUGCAAUAAAACAGCUGAUAGCGACAGCAGCAGCAGCAACAACAAAGCCUGCCAUUAUCAAGCGAGCAACAACAGGUCGCGAAAAAAAAACAAAAAGCCCGCCUGCUGCAGCACACACACAGACUCACACAGCCAUACAGAAGAGCGGGUGUGCGAGAGAGAGAGGCAAAGACAGAGUCGCACACCUUUACCUUUAGCGUUGAUUUUGGACGUCGCAACUGAACAACUGACGCUUCGCGCUCGCUCGCUCGUUCUCGCUCUCCGUGGGACUCGCUCUCUCUCGCACAAAGUGCAGCUGAGCUGCCGCCGCCGCACUUGCCGCUGCCACAAAUACAACACGGUCAGCUGAACGAACGCUCUACGCUCGCCGCCGCCGCUGCUGCCGCCAGUCGAAAGUCAAAAGCAACGUGUUGUGGACGCUUUUUUCGUCGCGUCGUUGCGUUGCGUUCUCUCUCUCUCUCACUCCUUUUCCUAUCACCAACACAACCAUACAACCGACACACCAGUACACCACCCACCAACCACCAACCACCCACCACCCCGAUCCCCCGCGCAGGCUGCGAAAACUUUCACCAUUACCAACAACAACAACAAUGUCCAGCAGCGCAGCCGCAGCGCAGUUCAAGCUCGAUGCCAACUCCAAUGCCAUUGCUUUGAUAGCCGAUGUUGCCACGCUGCCACUCCCCCUUUCGCCCACUGCAACAACAACAACAACAACGGCGGCGGCGGGAGCAACAACAACCGCACCAGCUGAUCGCGUGGAAUGGUCGCGCUCGACGAUCCUGAACUUCAUCGAGGACUAUCGCCGGCAGCGAGUCCUUUGGGAUCCCAAUACCAAAGGUUACCACAUCAAACAGACCAAAUACGAGGCACUCAAGCUCCUGAGUCAGAAAUAUGGCACGGAAAUCCGAUCGAUUAGAUCGAAGAUCAAAUCCCUGCGCAGCUCCUUCCAUCGGGAGCAUGGGAAGGUCCUGAGCGGACGAAGUCGCGGCGUUAUCUAUCAGCCCAUGUGGUUUGCCUACGAGGCCAUUAGAUUCAUACUCGAUGGCGAGCGGGAUCAGGAUCGCGAUCAGGAUCAAGAUCAAGAUGCCGAAACGGAAACGGAAGUGGACGAAAAGCUAGCCCUGAUGCACAGCCUGGAUCUGGAGCAGCUGAAGGCGGACAAGCUGGUGGACAGGGACAUCAUACUGCAGGUGGGGCAGCAGCAGCAGCAGCAACACGAUGAGCUUACCGCUCGUAUUGCGGCCACUGUGGCCGCCGUUGCUGCCGCUGCGGCGGCUGCAAACGCUCGAGAUCGGGAGCGGGAUGUGGAUACCGCUGGCGAUAUGGAUACCACACGGGAAUUGGAACUCGAGGAGGCGGCGGUCAGCGGUGGCCUGAUCGAAUCCUCCUCGGCGGCUGUGACACGUUCCUCUUCCGAUUUGGAUGGCGAGAAUUACUGCAACAUCAGCGCCGAGGAUGUGAAAACAGAAAUUAUCGAACACGAAUCGGAGCUGGGGAUGCUGGAACGGCGGACGAGCACGCCGUCGCCCAUAAAUUACUACAGGCCGACGGACCUAACGUACAACCACCGCAAACGCAAGGCGAUGGGCGUGGAGCACGUUGUGGGCGCUUUGACAUUGACGCCCAUCAAGGUGGUGGGCGGAGCGGUGGGGGCGGGAACGAUCGGUUCCGCUGGCCAUCAACAGCAGCAGCAGCAGCAGCACCAGCAGAUGAACCACAGCCAGCUCGCGUUUCAGGCGCUGCAGCAGCACUUUAGCCACAAUCACGGUCUUAGCCUGAGCCACUGCAACGGGCAACCGCAGCAGCAGCAGCACCAGCCACAUCAGCAGCAGCAGCAGCAGCAACAAGCGUUGCAUCUGCAGCAGCAGCAACAGCAACAACAUUCCAGUAACAUGGCACAAAAACGUGAUCGUGAUCGUGAUCUCUCAACGUCAAAUGGCAACGGCAACAGCAGCAACACCAACAACAUCAACAACAACAACACCUCCCUGGACCCAACAGCAACAUCCAGCAACUGCAGCUCAAGCAGCAGCAACAACAGCGCUGCCACGCCCCCCAAGCCUCUGAUCGGGGGCGGCGGACUGAGUGCCAAUCAUGUGGACGAAUAUGGUGUAUUCGGGGAAUACGUGGCCAUAACCAUACGCAAACUAAAGACGUCCAAGUCGAAGAUAGUGGUGAAGCACCUGAUCAACAAUCUGCUGUAUGAAGCCGAGCUGGGGAAAUACGAUCAUGGGAUGCCAGCGAGCAAGGAGCCACCGCAGUUGUAUAAUAUGCAAUAAAACUAGCAAAUAGCCAGGAUCGGGAUUUUGGAUAUUGGAUAGAUCCGACCAAAAAACAAUGUAGACAAACGAAGACGGGGAGGGGUGGCAGAGGCAACAACCAACGCACUAGUCAGCAAAGCAACAAUUGGUCAAAACCAGAGCCAAGAAUUCGUAGAACCAGGGGGUUUAAUUGGGGGGGAGGGGAGGGGUUUAGAAAGCGGGUGACAUGAGCAUUUCAUUCAGGGACAAUGACCAUAUAAGUACUUUAUCUAUAUACAUUUAUAAACACAUGAACGAUAUCAGUGAGUAUAUCCGAAGUCAGUCAGUCAGUAAAAAGGAGUGCAGUUGAUUUAGGGGUGAAACAAACAACAUACCAUUAAUUAAAUUGAAUUAAUUAUAAAUGCUUUACGUUAACAGUGUAUUUUUAUGCACACACCCAUAUACAUAUACAUAUGUGUAUAUAUGCUACGUUUAUAAAUAUAUAUAUAUUUUUUAUGAUUAUCGUAUUUUGAUUUCCAGCGAGCGUUAUAUUUUUGAUUUUCGUUUUAUUAUAUUUACAUUUGGCAAUAACACUUUGAACUCAGGUGCCUUUAUUUUUUUAGUCAAUUAAGCCUUGUUAUCUUAUGCAUAAAUGGGAAAGAGCAAACAAACAAACAAACAAACAAACGCGAAUUGAUUGCAAAAUGUCUACAUGUAAUGCAAAUAAAUGAAGCCGUAACAACAUGUAAAUUUAAUUAACUUUUUAUCGCAUAUGCAAAUCCAUGUGUAUAAACUUAAUUCUGUAAAUAGUCUAAAAAAAAGAAAACGAAUUGGAAAGGAGAAAACAAUGAAACAUGAAAUGUGCAAAUCUUAAUUUUUGUUAUGCAUAACUAAUUUGAAACGAGCGACUAUGGGCUCCAAAUAAAAAUGCAGAAAUGUUGAAUUUCAUUUUGAAAA